AUGAUAACACUGCAGGCCCGCAAGCUGGCGGAUGGUUUUGAUACCAGCACUCGCCAGCUUAUCCAUCUUGACAGCCCCAAUGCCCUCAACCUGCAACAACUCGUUCUCAUUCCCAUCCCAAACACCAGCCUUGAUGCUCCUCAGCACAUCCAAGGCGGCAAUAACCCCUCUGCCAUCCCUCCGCAGUCCGAGAAUAUCCACCAAGCAUCGAAGCACGCGAUCGAGAAUGAAGAACAUCUGGCCCCGGUCGCCGAGAAGCUCCUUGCGAGCAGCGUGGGUCAAUUUAUUAGGCAGAGGCCCGCCCUGGAGCUGGAUCUGUAUGAGAAGAAAGGGUUUAUGCCACGGCUGCGAGACAUUCUCGCGCAACAUGUACGGUAUCCCCGUGUGCUCGUUGAUGUGGCGGAAGAAGGCCCUCUCGGCCUGCUUGAUUGGAAACGCAGCAUAUUCUGCGGUGGAGGAGCAGGCGGUUUCGAGGACGGUGCGUCGGUCAGGGCCGGGGCUGAUCUUCAAGAGCGACUGGAAAGUUUUCUGGGCAAGCUUGUAUCGGUCUUGAAUCUCACGGAACUCUGUCGUGGCUUCCGCUUGGUUGGGCCUGGUAGACUUUUGAGCGGCUUCCUGCAUUGUCGUCGCCAUCUUUUCAAUAGAUGUGGUGUUCUGGAUUCUUUGCCACCACGACUCGGGACGGCUCUUGCGCAAACAGGUGAGGGUGGCACCGGCGUCGGCAACAGCGCUGGCGACGCUGCCGCUGCCAACAAGGGUGUACUUGUAGGGGAGGUCGCUGCCCUUGAUGGUGCCGACGGCGACUUCGUUGGUGGCGCCGCCGAGGUCGACGUCGUUGGUGACGACGUAGCCGGUGGUGUCGGAGUCGCGGAAGACGAUGGGGCUCUUGGUGUCGGAGAACUUGGUGGACUCAACGAGAACCUGAGCGCCGAGACGGGAGUUGAUGGCGUUGUUGAUGAUGCCCUCGUACAGGGAGUUGUAGAUGUGGACGGUGCCGAAGCGGACGGAGGGGCCACGCGAGUUGAUGUUGGACCAGUGGACGUUGGCGUAGGUGACGGUCAGGUGGCCCUUGUCCUCGCUCUCGUUGGAGUCGGAGUGGCCGACCAGGGAGGCCUUCCAGUGGUCGUGGAUCUUGGAGUUGGAGAUAGUGACAUAGUCGGACGCGUGGGUGACGUCGAAGAGACCGUCGUAGUCGUCCUUGCCGGCGCUCAGGUCGCCGCUGAGGUCGACGUGGUCGACCCAGACGUUGGUGGAGGCAUCAAUGCCGAUGGCGUCACCGUCCGAGGCCUUGACCUUGGAGAUCUUGAGGUUGCGGAUGAUGACGUUCUUGACCUUCCUGACGUAGAAUCCAACGCCCUCAAGCGAGGCACCGCCAGAGGCACCGACAAUGGUUUUGUCAGAAGAAGGGCGGAUCUUGCCGGCGCCAGUGAUGGUACCGGAAACGACAAUCACAGCAGGGCCAUCGGCCUUGGCAGCGGCGCUGAAGGAAGCAAAGUCGCUGACGGUGGUGGUGGUACCGCCGGCACCACCGGUCGUGCCACCGUUGGCACUGGCAAAACCGAGGCUGGCGGCCUCGGUGAUGGAGGCACGCUUCUCAAGGCUGCGCUUGUCGACCUUGUUGAUGGUAGGGGUGGGGCUGGCAAGAGUGAGGCCGGCCAGGGCGGCGAGAGGAGCGAUCUGGGAGAACUUCAUGUUGACUGCUUUAACGAAAGUGGAACCGGUCCGUAA